GUACCAGCGCGGCUUUUUCGCCGCAUGGCAUGCUGCCACCCGGGUUGUCGCAUGAUGGAAUUAACAACAUCGCGGAGGUUCAACACCAAACGGUUAAUAUGGUUCCGCAACAUCACGAACAACCCGCGGUGGUUGUGCCCCCUGCUCCCGAGAUUCCGCCCCUGGAAAGCGAAUUUUGCGCGCUCUGCGAGUCAUUCGAAGCGCAGCUGCAGGCUCUGGAAGGAGACGAGCUCCAUGCGAAGACCGUGUUUUGCCCAGCGAGCCAAUUCCCGGAGGAGUUAACCGUGGUUACGAUGCUGAAGAGACUGCGAGACCUUGACGUCAUCACCUUCUCGAUGCCACUCAUAAAGCGAUUGUUCAAUACCCCCCAUCCCGACGACGAGCUUGCUCUCAAACCCGGCACUAUGGAAGGUGCGCACACGAACACGCUCCGUAUUUUGCAGACAUUGAAGAAGGUGCUCAAAAAUGACGCAGUUGCGGCCGUCAAGGAGCUGCACACACUUCUCCGAGAAAACAAGCAGGUAUAUUUUGUCUUCUACAGCCAUGAAACCAAUAAUCGCGAGGACGCAUCAACACAGAGUCAGCAGGUCAGCGCAUGCGAAUUUUGAAAGACGUCCGUUUCUCUUUUUCUGCAUGAAAAAGUACGUAGUUCUACCAAAUAGAUCUAGGUCCUUUUCCUGCUGUACAAAACAAUUUACGAACGACAAGCCAAAAAUCCAAACUCCAUACAGCCUGAAGCCGCGAAGUGCAUUCGGCAAGACUUGGAGAUGUUUCGGAUGCGGUUCCUGAGCCGCGUGCAAAACCGCGAGUUCAGUCAAAUGCGGGAGUGGCUGAGACAAAUCCUCGAGCCUUUGCCUCUGCAGAAACUUGCGAAAGAAGUUGCCCGGCACGAACUGCAGGAACUGCUGAACAAUAACCCAGACGUGAAGACCGUGUGGGAUCUGAGCAUGGCGCUGCCAGACAACCCCAAAUCGAAGCAGUUCAUGCUAGGUGUAAGAAAGAAGGUGCUUGACACCACUCAGCGAGCCACAAUGAAGCUGUUUCACCAGCUGUGUGUCGGAAAGGACGGGGGUAAGCAGCGCGAAACCCUGCAAUUGCUGCGAGGCGACACCUCGUUCGCGUGUCCUUCGACGAGCUUGUCUGCUUCCGGCGUAAACUACCAGGUGUUUAAUAACCAGUCUGCCGGCACCAGCACGUCGAGCACUUCUCCCGCCGGCACUGGCGGCAUCACUCCCAUUGGAGGCGGACCAACGCCUAGCAGUGCACAAGACAUCGCCAAGCAGUUUCUGCUCGGCAGCAACGCCAUGUUCGCCUCUGUGGGCACGAAUCUGCAGCUUCCGGCAGGAACAGGAUCAUCAAACACGGCAACAAGCAGCAGCUCCACGACGAUGCCUUCCCAGCAGCAAGAUUCAAUGGACCGCUCGUACUCGGAGAAGGAGUGGGCGGACUGGCUUCGCACUGGGCUGUCCGGCGGUCAAACGAACACCGCACCGCCUCCGACGUCUCUCAACAUCGAUAACCUGUUUCCCCAGCAGGUGCCUCCACCCCAGCAGGCGCCCGUGAACAUGACGGACAGAAUGGUCGGAUUUGCAGUACCCGAGCAGCAAGUCGUGAUUGCAAGUUCCUCCUCCUCGUCAACCGGGGGAGCAGCAGCUGCGGCGCGCAGUCCGGCUGACCUUGCUGCCCUAGCGUUCCCGCCCGGGGUACUCUCGUCGGGCAGUGAGGGGGGGAGUAGGAAGAUGUUGAACAAGAUGAAGCCUCCUGCGGGCGCCGGCACGUCGAGCGUGGGGCAGCUCGCGUUCCCCAAUAUGGGGGCGAAAAAGACCAAGUCCAAGUCAGCAAAACAAGCCGCGGGGGCGGGCUCAACAUCUUCGUUGCAGACGGGACGCGGGAAAAAGGCCUUCGACGGAGGCGAGUUCGACGACAAUGUCGACGACACAGAGGAAUCGAGUAACGCGGACCAGGACUACGAUCCCCUCCAGGAGCAGCCGGAGGGCGACUUAGCCGAGGUCUUCAAAUUGAAGAAGGAAAAGGAAAAGCUGAAGAAAAAGCAGGAAGAUCUCGACAAGGAGCAGGACAAUGUGCUCAAGGACAUUCAGGAUGGUUUCAUCGACCGCGAGGAGGGGAAAAAGCGCACGAAGAAGAUCCAGCAAGAAGAGAACGAAGUCGAGGAAAUGUUGAAGAUAGUGGACCAAAAAAUACAGGAGGCAAAGGAUCGCGCCACCGGGACGGACGUCGCGGCGGCGGAGGACACAGAUCACAAGGACAAGAACACUCAAGCCUUGCCUGUAAAAGAACGUCGUCCAAAGAACGCAGCUGCAGCUAGUAGUAAUGCUACCGCAAGUGGAGGUGGACGACAAGGGGGAAGAACGCCAGCGGGUGGUGCGGAAAAUAAUACAACGGCGGGACCAAGUUCUUCAAAAGCAGACCCGAAGGAGGUUGAGCUUUUGCAAGGACUACUCGAAGUCAAGCAAAAGAGCAAUCUCAUUUCCUACUCUGCGCUGGAGCCGGUGACAGGAGGUCCCAUUUUUGACCCGGUGCAGACACGUGCAACAAACCAAGAGGAGACGAGAAGGUCCAGUGCGUCCAGUUCUAGCGGCAAUCUGUACGAUGCUUUCCGCAGUGCUGAGGAUGUCGAUGCAGGUGCACAACAUCGGGAAGAUAACAAUCUCGCACGCGCUAGAUAUGAGCUUGGACACCUGCCACAGUCACAAUAUGUUGUUUUUUUUCCAUCACACACAUCAGAGGCUGUAAGAAGCAGGGAAAAUACAUGCUUGCCGCAAAUGUUGUGAGGUGUAAUCGGUUAACAGGAGACCGAGAAGAUGGAACUCGUCGUCUCUACGUUUGUCGAUUCAUGAAGGAACAAAGAAAGAACUAAAACUAUAUAUGAAAACCAAAUUAAUUUCGAGACACAGGAAAAAUUACGCACCACUGGCAACGUUUUUCUGAUCCCUACAGGAUGCUGCAGCCUUCAUGAGUAGCGUCAUGUGCCAUGAUGAAUUUGCAUUCUGCUUCUAUGCGAUCGACAUAAGAAAUAAAUCGUUGUGAUCGAAAUCGGCUCUAAGGCGGUUGGCAAGUGUCUGCUCCUUGAUUUUCACCACGUGGUGAGUGCUGCAUUAUCCAGGUAUGGAGAAGCCAUCCAGGAAGAGCGAGAAUACGCUGAGGGGUACGCCGAGCAUGAGCAGCUGGAAGCGCCGCCGCUGACUAUGCCGGAGCCCCCUGGGCUCUUGAUGAAAAACGACGAGCCCGAGCGUAACACUCGAACAUCCACUGGCGUUCUCCCGGUGCCAAUUCCUGGUACUAACGGAAAUAGACAGCCAACGCCAAGCAACGCUGGCGGCGACGGAUCCACAACGCCUGGCGUCGGUGAGGAACGCAGCCUGAUUCGCAACGCGAGCUCCCUGACUAUUUCCGAGGACGGCCAGCUGUUUGACUCAAGAAACGCGCCGAGCUUCCCAGGGCCCAGCUACGAAGACGCUGUGAGAAGGGCGCUUCCCAAGCAGUACUCUGCCACCCUUCGGAAAGCGGCUGUGCGGCCUUCUGGUGGGGGAGUUGGACCGACGAUGCAGCUGGCACGGGAGAAAUUCACCGAGCUGGACUGGCAGGCGUGCUGGGAACUGGUGACGCAGCUCCAGAAGGAAGGCCAGAAUCCUGUCUCCCGGAGUCUCCACGCGGUGACCGCGCAGGUUAUGAAGCAAUCGAUUGAAACACCAGCGCGCCCGGACGUGUACGAUGCUGGCCGAGGCCAGGCCUACUACGCCUACUUGAGUCGGGUGGUGCAGAACUCUGCCCUGGGCCAAGACCCCAUCAAGGCCCACGUGAAGAAGCGCCACGAGGGAUACGCCCAGUUUUGCCGUGGGCCUUUUUCCGCGUUUUUCCAGGUCCUACCCGCGCCGCCUGGGCACGGGGACAACCAAGCCUUGCUCGUAUUGAAAACCCCGUUUCCAGGACGAGCGACGGCGGGUCCUCUGCGACCGCCGACGCCGAAGGCAAGUUCCGCGGGUCCGCGGUUUCCUCCUUCCCAGAUGAUUGCGCAACAGCGCGAACAGGAGAUGCGAGCUGCCCUUCUUGCAGAAAACGAACAUCACGGCACGGGAGCUGCUCAACAACGAACAACUAGGAUGCUCAUCGUACCUGGACACGUCGCACCCUCCCCGGCAGCAGCCGCGCAGCAGCAAGAAGACGUGGAGUUUCCGCCACGACAGCACCGGGCAAACCCAAGCAACCCCUUCACAAGUGAUCAAGAUCCCCCGCCACGGCAGCACACGUUCGGCGAUGUGGACGGGCAACCAGUUGUAGAGGAAAGGCCUGAACCGGAACACGAGGAGGAACUUGGAAUGCAGAAUGCCGUCGCUGGGUCGUCGCAGCAUGGCGCGCCCUCGGUUGCCGGAUCACCGCCGGCGCAACUUCAUUUGAACGCGCCCUUCGGUUGUGCCACCGCUAUGACUCCGUCGGGAAGUACUACUGCUAUGGAUCCGAGCCAGCAGUUGCUGUUGCAACAACAGCAGCAGCAGGCUGCGUUUGCUGGCUUUUCACAAAAUGCCGCCAGUAAUCCCUUUACGUUCGACCCGACGAGUCAAGUCGCAAAUGCCGCGGCCUCUUCCACGACCGACCCUCUUAUCCAGGCGGCGAUCCAACAGCAAAUGAUCCAGCAGGCCCAGGUGAACGCCUACAACUUGCAAGUGAUUCAGCAGUACCAAGCGCAGGCACAGAUACAGGCACAGAUUGCCUACAACGCGCAAAAGCAGGUGGAGCUGAUGCAGCAGUUGCGGGCACGGGACAGUGGCAGCGGUAGCGAAAGGGUUUCCCGCGAGGGUGACGAGGGCGUUCCACCCCCGCCGCCUCCACCGCCAGAAUAAACACUGUGCGGAUUUUCAAGCGUUCUUUCGGUCCGGGAACCAAUUCCUGCUGUUUCCUGAUGCACCUGAUUCCUCGAGUGUUCACGCUUGAGUUCUUCAAGGUAAGGUGGGUCUGCUUUUGCCGUCGAUCACAGAUUACGCACAUUCAAUUUGAAAGACAAACAGAAUUGACAUACGGUUUUAUAUCGAAAUCACUGCGCCAGUAAUUGGUGCGUGGACCCGCGACUCUCCCGACGCUAUUUCCUGUUUCAUGGUAGCUAUGUACUACCUUUUCCACCCCACUUUAUUCCACCUUCAUACUUCGCACGGCACAUCCCUGUCGAGUUUAACUAUCUAU